AUGAGUCAAAAGGAAGGUUCCGGUGAGGUUCAAAUUUCUGCUUCCGGUGUUCGUAUUAUGAAGGUUAAGCAAGAAGCUGGUGAGAGGAUGAAGAAGGAUGCCAAGAAGAAAAAGGCCAAAGACUCAAUCGGAGCGAGAGUCAAGAGGAUGAAGAAGAAAGAUGGCAAGAGCGCCUCCUCUGGGCCCCACUCUCCUUCGCUGUUGAAGAGUCAGGACGUUGUCAACCUCGUUGUCCAAGCUCACGGCAAGAGUGAUUUAGCCAGAGCUUGUACCGAUGAUGAAACCCCCGAAACCGUUCCGGAGGGUUGGUUCUGUGUUCACGAGAAGUAUAUCUCUAAAUGUCAUCUUAGGUUCCCUCUCCCCACCCUCUUGCUAGAUCUCCUAGAUCAUUAUCAACUGGCCCUUUCCCAACUUUGUCCCUCGGUUAUCCGAGUGAUAAACGGAUUCAUCACCAGGGCUAAGGAAGAAGGAGUUAUCGUGGGGUUGACCGAGCAAAUGAGUCUCUUCCUGAUAAAGGAGAGCACUACCAAAGAUGGCGGAAGCGGGACCUACUAUCUCCCCUGUCGUCCAGGGCUAGGCAUCUUCAAGUUUACGGCCAGUGACGAUGACUGGCGGAAGAAGUAUUUUUAUGUCAAGAUUGAGCCUUCGAUUCCUGUAGGCCGAGACCUCAGGACCUCUUGGUCUGAUAUUUCUGAGAUUAAAGACCCUGUCAAGUUAUCCGAUAAACUCACCAGAGCUCUCUAUAGGAAGCUGCAGCACAACCCCAAUACCUGGGCAGCUUACACUACCUCGAGAGUUGGAUCAGCUAGGUUCCCUGAUCGAUACAAGGCUUCCUUUCCUGAUUCAGUUACGGUCGCUGGUUUAGAAGUUUCUGAAGGUGAAUCGAUAUUCUCAGUCUCGUCAGGAGCCAGCACCUCAGAAAAGACUCAGUCACAGAAGAUGCCUAUCCAGCCUUCGUUCCGUUCCAGGGGUCCGGAGGUGGAAGCUGAUCCUCAAAUAGUGAAGGAUACUCAUGAAUUUGAGCCUCCGAGGAGCAAGAGGUCCAGGACCGACCAAGUUGACAGACCUUCUAGGUCUUCCUCUUCUUCCUCUAGAGGAGGAACCGUCGGCUGGAACUUCACUCACUCGAAGCCUGGAUCAGUCUUCAAUGACUCGUGGGGUUUGGCUACGCUAAUGAGGCAUAUGAAGAGAACCGGAUGCGCCCUUCCCUCAACCGCCAAUCUCACGAACAAGGAGGAGUAUGUUGAGAUUGCCCACUUCAUGGGUCAGCUAGCUCAGGUUACUGAGCUAGUUAGAGCUACUAAGAUGGAGCUUGACCAGGCUCGGGUUCAGGUCUCUGAACUUCAAGCUGAGGUCAAGAAACUUGGCUCCAAAGCCGACAUUCAGCAAGGGAAGAUUGAGAGUCAAACGGUGGACAUCCAAGUGAAGAGCCGGAAGAUUGCUGAGUUGGAGUCUGCUCGUAAAAUAGCCGAAUAUCAGGUCAAGGAACUGAUUGCUUCGUCCCAAGACAACCAGAAGAACAAGGAAGCUGAGGUCAAGCUGGCUGUUAGGAGAGGAAAGAAGGAGGUAGCUGGUGCCUACAACAAGAUCUUGGCCUCCGUGAAGGAGAAGUUUGCUAAGAAAAAGGAUGAGGUCGAGCUCCAGAUGUGUGCUCAAGAGCUUCAGGCUAACACCGACCUCUUGAAGGAUAUGCUGGAGAAUGAAAUCCAGAAUGCUGAGGACGAGUAUAAUCGUCUAAUGACUUUGAUGCCGGAGGCGGCUGCUGCGUACGAAAAGGCGCAAGUCUCGGACUUCUCGAUCACCCCAGUUGAAGCCACCCCGGGAGAUGACGACAAGGAAAUGGAGGAAGAAGUUCCUGACAAGGAAGAUGAUCCGGUUGAUAAGGGAGCUGAGAAGAGCUCGGGUGAUAAGGAAGUCUAA